AUGUUGAUUUUUCUCUUUUCACUCUCAACUCCACUCCAAUCUUCUGCUCCUCUUGAUCAUCAAUCUCUGUUGACAUUCAAAGCUGCAAUCAUCUCCGAUCCCAAUAAUUCGCUAGCGAAUUGGAAUACCACUAUUCCAAUGUGUAAUUGGACCGGCGUUACUUGCUCUCCUAAUUCGCAGCAGGUGGUUAAGUUAAAUCUCAGAGCUAUGGAUUUACAGGGCGUCAUUUCUCCUGCGCUUGGGAAUCUCACAGCUCUGGUUGCACUGUAUCUCCCCUUCAACGAACUGCAUGGGAGUAUUCCUGCUGAGCUGGGCAAGUUGACAAGGUUGGUGAAUCUAAUCUUAAUUGGAAACUACUUGACAGGUACAAUUCCACACUCUAUCUCAAAUUUCUCAGCCUUAGAUCAAUUGGAUUUGUCAGAAAAUAAUCUCCAUGGACCUAUUCCUCCUGAAAUAGGCAUGCUCACCCGAGUACAAUUCCUCUACCUCUAUGCUAAUCAGUUGUCGGGCAGCAUCCCUUCCUCCAUAGGAAACUUGUCAAACUUGGUUGUUUUGCAAUUGCUAGUCAAUAAUCUCACGGGUCCCAUUCCACGUGAAAUAGGGAAUCUAAACCGACUAAAGCAGCUCGAGCUCUUUGAAAAUAAUCUUAGCGGAACCAUUCCUCCUGAAAUAGGGAAUCUCACCCAAUUACAUGAGCUCGUGCUCUACGACAAUCAAUUGUCAGGAACUAUUCCUUUUGAAGUGGUAAUGCUCAUUAAUUUGCAAGUACUUUAUUUAUCGAAAAAUAAUCUUAGCGGAACCAUUCCUCCUGAAAUAGGCAAUCUCGCCCAACUGAAGGAACUCAGGCUCAGUCAAAAUCAUUUUUCAGGAACUAUUCCUUCUGAAGUGGGGAUGCUCAUCAAUUUGCAAAAACUUAAUCUAUGGGGAAAUAAGCUUAGCGGAAGCAUACCUGUUUCCCUAGGAAAGAUCUCUCCAAAUUUAGAACUGGUCGACUUGUCUCACAACAACCUGAGUGGAUAUAUACCUGGAGAACUUAUGGCAAAUCUUAAAAACCUUGAUUUUUAUUUGAAUCUAUCAUCGAAUUUUCUGCAAGGACCUCUUCCUGAAGAAAUAGGUAAACUUGUAAAAGCUAAAGCAAUAGACAUUUCUUCUAAUAAGCUUCAUGGAAUGAUUCCCACAACACUUGCCCACUGCGUAUCACUGGAGCGUCUCAAUCUCUCCCAUAACGCAUUUGAAGGUCCGAUACUAGAUACACUGGGGAUGUUACAAAAUUUGAAAUUUGUUUAUCUUUCUUUCAAUUUCCUGUCAGGAGAGAUUAGUUAG